AUGGUGUUUCCAGAUCUACCGAUUGAAUUGCAAUUUCAACUAUUGUGGUAUUGUGAUGAGAAAUCACUCUUAAAUGUAGCUCUCACUUGCCGACAUUUUUAUCAUUACAUUUUGGGAGAUGAGGAUGAGAGUGAAGUGAGUGCCUAUCGGAGCACAAUUUGGAAGAAUCGGAUCUUGUUCUUGUUCAAUUCGUUUAUUGAUGAAGUCAACAAGAAAGCACCUUUACCUUCAGCAUCGUCCGAGGCCCCUCUUGUCAAGUUGAGUGCUUUCAAAGAGUCCGAUCUCAAUACCUACAUUGAUCAGUUUCUUUAUAUUCGACGAGACAAUCACAACAAGGUCAAAUAUAAUUUGCUAUUGAAUCAAUUGAAACAAAUUCAAUUCAGAAAUGAUCAUGAUCUUUCUGCUUCCAAAGCUGUUAUUUCUGGACGAAGGGUGGAAAAUGUCUCUGUCCAAACAUGGUGUGGUUUUAUUUCCACCAACUAUCCCAUCGUUCGUUGCAUGAAAGAAUUACCUUCCAAUUUUUAUUGUGGAUUUAGAGGUUUUGAACUUGUCGUAGAGAGGUAUCACAUUUGUGGGAAUGGCUGGAAUAUCGUAUAUGGAGUUGGGACCGACUAUACUGACUUUAAUAAGGAUAAAUCAAUCGCUCAAUUUGUGAAUGAUAAUCUGGGCAUUGGAUACAUUUUGGAAUGUAGUAGUUUCAAAUUGUUUGGCGAUUACAAAGAUUUUCAAACGAGUGGUAAGGUGCAAGUUGGAGACAGGUUUGCUGUGUUGAUGGAUUAUGACAAGUAUAGGGUACACUUUUUUAAGAAUGGACUUCACAUUGCAUCGGUAGAGUCACCCUCAGACACGUAUGGUGUAAUAUCCGAUGCCAUUGUUUAUUACCCUAUUGUUUCCAUGUGCAUUCAAAAAUCUGUCACACUCUAUCCAUUGCUGCAAUCUGAGUAUUUACUUGAUCCAGAUAUUCCAGUUCUGAAGGUUUAUGAUCACAUUGAUCAACAUGUUCGACUCAUCAAGAAGAAUACCCAGAAGUAG